CUUCGUCAUGGGGGGCCGGCUUAGCGUCCUCGAGGCAUGUCCUGCACCCGUCGACCCCCUCGAGGCUCUCUGUGAGGUGCCUGAGCCACGCCGCACCAGCCGCCGCAUCUUCGUGCCUAGCGCACACCUGGCGGAGAUCGUGUGUGAUAAUAAGUAUCGUGUUGCUGAAUCUGAGGACGACUACUGCCUUAUUAGUGCUGCAAGGUGGGCGACGGGGAUGGCGGAUGCAUGCCACAGGCAAUUGUUGACACUUUUGUGCCGAAAAUGCCACGCCUACUUUUUACGGAUGCAGUUGGAGUGUCGUCCGCGGCCUCGGACAGGUACGCCCACACAGCCGGGAUGCCUCACGACGAUACACAUUGUGUCUGUGGUUCGUUCGUUUCCCUCUCCCAUGCAUGCAGCCGUCAGACGCCCCCGUCAGGCAGCGGCAGCGGUGACGUCUGUGGCGCCCACCUGCCCGCCGCUGCACGUUCCGCAUCCAGAUCUCACCCGACGUACGGCAUCCCAGGACCAGCGGCUUCCCCAGCGUAUUCCAUCAUCAGCUCUGUGCUGUGUGUUCAGUGGCGCCACUUCUGUGUUACUGACGCUCACGCCAGAUCCACUCGGCCCGAAGCCUAUCAAGAAGAACAACACACUGCCUUUCCCGAGGGUUCAACACGAAGGCACCCGUGGUGGCCAGGACACCAACCCCGCCCAGCUGGGGGAAGAGGACGACUGCGCGAUGGCGCUGAGGGAGGAGACCCUGAUGCACCAUGUGAUGACUGAGGCCACCAUGGCGCACCCAGCCAGAGCACAUCGAGGACGAGGGAGAGGACCUGGGCGUGAGCGGCAUGAUGAGCCGGAGGUCGGCGGGGAUGCUGCACCACAUCAUGGAGGGCGACGACCGAUUCUCCAUUCCUGCACGUUUUGGCGGCCUCCCUUUCGUACCCUUCCUGGCUGACGCCGUCGGCACGCAGCCCCAGCCAUCCCCCACACACACCAUGGCCCGCAUCAUCCGCCGCAUGACAUGCCGCCAGCCCCCCGUCGCUCAUCACUCCCGUCGCGUGCUGCGAGAGCUCAAGGGCCAGCAGUUCGCCAUGGCCCGCGUGAAGCUCUUCCCGGACUACCUGCUGGUCGCCUUGAGCAACUCACCCACCUCACCCACGUUGCCGUCGCAGCUACGCACGGCGAGUGGUGAGCGCACAGCCGGCCUGGGCCAUCUUCGUCAUGGGGGGCCGGCUUAGCGUCCUCGAGGCAGGUCCUGCACCCGUCGACCCCCUUGAGGCUCUCUGUGAGGUGCCUGAGCCACGCCGCACCAGCCGCCGCAUCUUCGUGCAUAGCGCACACCUGGCGGAGAUUGUGUGUGAUGAUAAGUAUCAUGCUGCUUGAUCUGAGGACGGAAACUGCCUUAUGAGUGAUGCAAG